AUGACGCACCUGCCGGGCGGGGCUUUCCGCGGCCGCACCUCUCUCGUCUCGGUCGCCUUCCCACGCAGCCUCACCUCCAUCUCCCCCCACGCCUUCUGCGGCUGCUCCGCCCUCUCCUCCGUCACCCUCCCCGCCGGCCUCACCUCGAUCGGCUGGCACGCCUUCUUGCGCUGCUCCUACCUCGCCUCCGUCACGCUGCCGCUGCCCGAUGGCCUCUCGAUUGACGACGGUGCCUUCUUCGACUGCCCCCUCAACGACGAGGCUAAGGCAGCAGUGCAGGCCAUCAACUUUUGGGCGGUGCGGCCUUCAAUCGACGCACGGGGGCAUGCCACUGUGCCGGAGGGCGGCACCACCAUCGCCAGCAGCGCCUUCUCCGACUGCUCCGCCCUCGCCUCCGUCACCUUCCCUGCCAGCCUCACCUCCAUCGGCGAUACCGCCUUCUUCAACUGCUCCGCCCUCUCCUCCGUCACCCUCCCCGCCGGCCUCGUCUCCAUCGGCGGCAGCGCCUUCGAGCGCUGCUCCUUCCUCGCCUCCGUUGCGCUGCCG